UGCCCUAGCCCCUGCUCAGGAAUGAAUACAGGUAUUUCCAAAGAAUGACCACAACCUCUUCAGUAGAAGGUAAACAGAAUUUGGUGAUUAUGGGUAGGAAAACCUGUUCGCCAUUCAUUCCAGAGAAGAAUCGACCUUUAAGGGACAGAAUUAAUACAAUUCUCAUUAGAGAACUCAAGGAACCUCCACAGGGAGCUCAUUUUCUUGCCAAAAGUCUGGAUGAUGUCUUAAAACUUAUUGAGCAACCAGAAUUAACAAAUAAAGUGGACAUGGUUUGGAUAGUGGCAGGCAGUUCCGUUUAUAAGGAAGCCACGAACAUACCAGGCCAUCUUAGACUAUUUGUGACAAGGAUCAUGCAGGAAUUUGAAAGUGACACAUUUUUUCCAAAAAUUGAUUUGGAAAAAUAUAAACUUAUCCCAGAAUAUCCAGGUGUUCUUUCUGAUGUCCAGGAGGAGAAAGGCAUUAAGUACAAAUUUGAAGUAUAUGAAAAGAACGAUUAAUGUGAAAG